CUCGUUUUCUAGCCUACGUGCAUAUCUCGGGAGCCGAGCAGAGAUUUGGACUAACCCUUCGCGAGAAAUGCAACGUUUGAUAUGCAGUCAGCAUAUCCGUGCAUCUGCAGCUUCGGCACUCCACACGCUUGCCGUCGUCCACCCGAGGAUGCACAACGGCGGGCGGAACAUAAAAGCAACGAGAAACUCGACAGACACAUAAAGACCCAAGAAAUAGCGUCUUUCUCUCCCGCAAGUGGAUCAUAACCAGCACUCAUAGCCAUGGCCUCCUCAUCCCCCACACCCUCACCAACGACCGCCCAAGUGCGCCCCAAACCAGGCCUCCUCCUCGUACACCCCCGCCUUCACGACCCCACCCCAUCUAAUGCUACCACAUUCCUCCGCUGGACGAAAUUGCAUUUCAGAGAUCUACUCGAUAUGCCUGAUACGGGUUCUGGGCACGUCACACAAGACUUGCGGUUCGUUGCGCCGGAGGGCGAUGAAGCGUAUACCCACAACAAGGAAGAAGAAGGAGAGGGAAAGGAGAUGCUACCAAAGUACCUGUACACGUGUCUAGUGAACGACAUUGCAUGUUUGAAAGGGGAAGCGUAUGCGGCUGUCAGUCGUCAGUUGAACUUGGAAAAGACAAGGGCGUUAGGGGAGGGAGAGGUGGGGGUAGGAUUUCAAGAAGAGCAGGGAAAGGAGAAGAUGGUGUUUGAUAUUGUGGAUGCGAAGUUUGCUGUUUACGAAGAAGUUGGAGGAGGAGGAGGAGGAGGAGGUGAGAUGUCGUUUCAACGCCUCCCGCCGCAUCUCACUUCGCGAAUGGGCGCAGCACCGAAAUCCGUGCUUAUUGCCGUGUAUGGAGAUGUUUCACUUGAAGUUGGGGUAGAUCGUGAUACUGUGCCACAGAUUCUUCACGACUCUCUCCUUGCUCGCUUCAAAGCUGUUGUUCCGCCGACUCUUACGCCGUACUCGUCAUUGUAUAAAUGGGCCGGGGUGGAGGCGCAGCCAGAUAAUCAUCCAUUGAUUGGUAAAGAUGGGAGAGGAGAGUGGAUGGUGCUGCUUUUGUUGGUUGAUGAGACAGGGGAGACGCUGGUUAGAGGGCAUGCUGUUAUGUUGGUGGAAGGGUGGGUUGAGGAGGAGAGGGGAAAGAUGGGGGUUGGGGGGAUCGAGUUUGGGGUUUGGGAGGGGGAAGUUUUCAUGGGGUAGAUGGGGAUUUUGGGAGGGUUUUGUUGUACUCGGUUCAAAAAGGAGAAUGAUAACGCGUUAAAAUACUGGCUUUAGCUAUUCCCAUGUUGUAUUUGUCUUCGGUGCUCAAUAUGUG